AUGAAUGAACACACCGCCGACAUCUACGUCCACGUCCAUGUGCCACGCGCGGCGUCGGACAGUCAGCUUUUGAGCUUCAAGUCUGGAGAGGACUCGACUUCCAUGCAGCGUAGCUUUUCCGCAUCUUCACACCUUCCCCGUGAUGCCUUUGGCCGCGCGGCGCGUGCGGCGGGGAUAUUUCCCCGCGGAAAUGUCGCGCCGGAACGCGUUACGCGCGCAGCCGAGUUCAGCAGUGCAGUCACACUGCCGAGUGCACGUAGCCUGCCUGCACCAUCACGAGGUGCCAAGAACUCAUUGAUGGCGGAGCACCAAGCCACUGCGUCAUCAGGUCCGACCAGUCCCAGUGGUAGCAGCUUCAGCGUGCUCAGCACUGACACACACGACCUUGCAUCUGAGCCAUCGACACCCGCGUCAAGUGUUGCGUACGAGCCCAUCGAAGUUGAGACGGAGGUCAAGGACGUCAAGCUUGUCAGCCAGGAGAGGGCGUCAGAGCGCACUCUAUCCCCCUCUCGUACUUUGAACGGUUCGUUAACAGAUUCGACCGUCGCCGGCGCUCUUGACUGCGCCACGUCGCCCACGUUCGGUGCUAAAUCAACUGCCUCGUCAUCGCCGCUCGCCGCUCUGCAGGACCCGUCGACUGAAUCACAUCCAAUCGUUCGCGCCAUCCAAGCCGGACAGAUUUCACUAGACGCCCUCUUGGCCUUUCCAGUCAACUGGAACAAUCUCGCUCAGUCGUUCGUGACGGCAGUACCGUCAUCUCCGACAGUACCCGCGCCCCUCAAAGAGCCUGCGGCAAACUCACCAGCUACAAUGUCGACGCACACCAGCAAAAUUGGCCGCACUGCGUUGCAGACGUCGUCGCGUACAAUCAAGCCCUCGGCUCGAGCAGCACGCUGGACUGCUAUGUUCGGCGACGGUGCAAGCGCUCCUGCUCUUCCUAGUAUUCCCGAGGUCGACUUGAGCUCUACUUCAUCUCCGUCGAAUUCGACCAUCUCCCUGGUCGACGACGAGCGCCCCCUUCGUCGCAGAAGGACCACAUGGGCAUCGCAGCCUGACGCCGCACACGUCACCGACAUGUCCAACUCGUCACCCACGAACUGGCAGUCCCGUGCGCUGGCAUCGUCUGCGAUUGUGACCUCACCCGUGAUAUCGUCCUUGAGCUUCUCUUCCACAACGUCCACGUCGUCUGCGUGCUCAUCGUCAUCGAUGGACUUGGUGGAGCUAUCGUCUUGCGAAGUGCGAGAACCAAGACUCGGUCCCGUCGACUUGCCACCUCUAGAAGAUUUUGGAUGGUACUCUGGCUGCGCUUCCAAUCCAAACUUCUCCAUCCCUCGUACACCGCUGGACAUGGAUCAAGCUUGCAUGUGGGGCAAGAAUAACGCUAUGGGUCUGUCGGGACUGAACAUCGAGAAUGAACGCCUCAAAGAGGGUCUCAACGCUACGUUGGCCCAAUGGCCUUUCCCUGCACCAUCAGCAGAGCACGAAGCUGGCUUGGCGAAGGGUCUAGCACGAGGGCAGAGCGGCGGCUUGGGCCUAAGCUUGGUAGCGUGA